UCGCUGGAGUUUCGGGAAGUAAGAAGGCGGUGUUAGUAGUCUCCCCUCGGCUGUUCCGCAGGGCGCUACGGUUGUCAGGUCUGAGACGACGGACGCAUUCUGUGAGAGUAAAAUAUUCUCUGGAAAAAAUCUAAUGUGGUUAGAGGAGGGAAACGGCGUGCUUAAAAACGUGUCUUGUGGCCUCGACUUGAGCGUUGUCGAGUCUCCACAGGAGCAGGCGGAAUUGUGGUUUCCGGUUUUGUUUGUGUGUGUUUUUGAGGAGCCCAGGGAGCAAAGCGGGGUUGAGAGGGAGCACCUGAAGCAGCGCAACAGGCAGGUCCCGACCCGCCGGAGAUCACGCGCGAGUCUGUGGCCCAAACCGCCCGCCGCCUCCGAGCAGUCGCCGGAUUGCCGCCCCACAGGGAGCCACUGGGCCCAAGGACUAACCCAGCCCCGGCACUCUCGCUCAGGAGAGGCUCUGCAGGCCGGCAUUCAGGCUGGCGAGCUCGCCCACGCAUCUCAGCCCAAGCAGUGGUCGUCUGGCUUGCGAAGAUGUCGGCCAAGCCCGCUGUCGGCUUCGUGAACGAGGCUUCUCGGCAGAUCCUGGCCGGUGGUUCCGCUGGUCUUGUAGAAAUUUGCCUGAUGCACCCUCUCGAUGUGGUGAAAACCAGGUUCCAGAUUCAGAGAUGUGCAACUGAUCCAAACAGUUACAAAAGCUUAGGAGACAGCUUUCGAAUGAUUUUCCGCACAGAAGGGUUGUUCGGUUUUUACAAGGGAAUUCUGCCACCCAUCUUGGCUGAAACACCAAAAAGAGCAGUGAAGUUUUUCACCUUUGAGCAGUACAAGAAAUUGCUAGGAUAUGUGUCACUGUCACCAGCAUUGACCUUUAUCAUUGCUGGAUUGGGAUCUGGACUAACAGAAGCCAUUGUGGUCAACCCUUUUGAGGUAGUAAAAGUUGGCUUGCAAGCCAAUCGGAACAAAUUUACAGAGCAACCAUCCACCAUGAGUUAUGCAAGACACAUCAUUAAGAAGGAAGGCUUGGGACUCCAGGGCCUCAACAAAGGAUUUACAGCAACUUUGGGACGUCACGGAGUUUUCAACAUGGUUUAUUUCGGCUUCUACUACAAUGUCAAAAACAUUAUUCCUGUCAAUAAGGAUCCAACCUUGGAGUUUCUGAGAAAAUUUGGGGUUGGUCUUCUCUCGGGCACAAUAGCCUCAGUCAUUAACAUCCCUUUUGAUGUUGCCAAAAGUAGGAUUCAAGGGCCUCAGCCAGUUCCUGGAGAGAUCAAGUACAGAACCUGUUUUAAAACAAUGGCCACGGUCUAUCAGGAAGAAGGCAUUUUAGCUUUGUAUAAAGGCCUGCUUCCCAAGAUUAUGAGGCUUGGACCAGGUGGUGCAGUGAUGCUGCUGGUUUAUGAAUACACCUAUUCAUGGCUUCAGGAGAACUGGUGAUUGCCUACAGAGUAUUUUUCCCCCUUGUGAUAAUGGAUAUUCAUUAUACAGCACCAUGAGAAGAAGAGAAUAUCGAUCAGCUGAGCUGAUACAAUGAUAAAUUAUAAUUAUACAAUUAUACACAAUUAUAGAGGGCAAAACAGUUUGUUCAAGAACAAAACCUAUUUUGAUACUUCAAAAAUGAUCUCUAGAUAAUUAGAAACUGUCGUUUUGGUCAUAUCCAUAAAACUGUGAGAAGAAAAUUACUACUAUGAAGCA